UCUAAGCCAUGUUAACGAAGAAACAAACAAUGAACACAUUGUGUAUGUAAUAGGAAACACUGCAAACUUGUGUCAAGAGGAGACAACCGUGUAGGAAUACUUUCUGAUGCUGAGGCUGGCACAACAUCGAUCGAAACUUGGAGCUAGCCGACUGGUUAUAGCCGACGGUAGGGACACUGGGUAGAGCUGUGUAUAUAACGCCAUGCCACCAGGGGGAGGGCACACGUCAUGAGGAGGUGAAACACGGAUUAACAAAGUGUAAUACGCCAUGAUAUAACCUGUGAGUUGUGUUAAACGUAUCCCCGGCCUGGAUGACUUCGCGAACGGGGGAGGAUUUCUUACCUAAGGUUUGUGUGUGUUACCCGGAUGAUGGGGAAAGGCAGACGUAAUCGGACAUGGAUAUUACGGCCUGUUUCUACCUUACAUUAACCACACUUCUAAUCAUGGUCUACUUUGUGUUUGCCGGGGAAGAGGACUGUCUCGCACAAUACCGGAGAGAUGGACCUAUACUGUGCUUUGAUUGUCUAUCAUUUUCUAACAUCGACAACUACUGUGGCGACCCCUUUAAUGAAACCACCAAGGGAGUUAAGACGACAUUAUGCAACGGCUACUGUGUCAAGUGGGUUCGUAACGUCCGCCCUGGUGUGGUGCGGUACCAGCGAACCUGUUCUAACAACCUGACAAUCACCAUGAACAUUAACGCCGUGUGCAUAGCUGAGUCCAGACCCCGGACAGGCAACAUUUGUUUCUGUGAAAAGGCGAAAUGCAAUGCCGGCACGUCCUUAAAACCAGAAACGCACGUGCGUUCCCUUAUGACGUUUCUCAUCCUUAUUAUACUGCUCACUUGCUUUCGAUAGAAGAGAGUUACCUCUAUAUAUAGAUAAUUCAUUUCACAUGCAGAUUGGCACUAUCCAUGGCCUUCGUGUAUAAAGAUUGUCUGCUAAAAUAUUGAAUUCCUAGGCGUUACGUAUAUGUGUGCCAGGGAUCACGUGAUAAAAUGGAGGAAUCUUCCUAUUACAAUACACGUGUUCAAUGUAAUUCAUCUCACGUGAUUGCCCGUGCUCAGGAAGUUUGCCUGAUCGCUUCGCCAGGUAACUAACGUCCAGUAAAAUGGUUUAACCUGGCAUCUCACGAAUGUCUUUGAGGAUCGAGAGCGAUAUGGAAUUUUCUAAUAGAGUUGUCCUGGUUAUUGACACUGUUUGAACAACUCCGACUCCUCAACUAUUCUGAGAUGAAUAUAUCUCGACAUUCUUCUUUCAUUAGAAUUUGUUGAACAUAAUAAUUAUCCGCCCUUCAGGAUACAGUAAGGUGCACACACGAUGCAGACGAAUUGAAUGUGACAUAAACGGAUUGGCCGUGACCGGAAAUGUCGUAACCCAUGUAUCACAACCGGAUAUGACGCAAUAGGCUGAGUCAUAUCGGAUACAAUGUAACCAGGUCGUGUAAACGCAACCAGGUGUGAGGUUAGGGGCUUUGAAAUCAGAUGUCAUGUAAGCGGAUGUGUCUCUUGGAUAUAACGUGACCAUUUGAUGGUUAUGUGACCGGUUAUGACGUCAUGACGUAAACUGUUGGGUUGAAUCCGGAUUGGACGGAACAAAAGAUUACACAGAUUCUCCAGCGUCAUAUUUUACUAUAAUAGGCAAAAUAAUAAUAGUUCACAUUUUAGAAAAUCCAAUUUAUUCACCUUCACGUUUUUUUCUGAUUCUUUAUAUAACUUCCGGUAGCGACGAUGAUAGCAGGUAGAUUAACAAAAUCGUCUUCAGAACUUUUGCACAGAAUAGUCACUUAAUAUGUACUUUUGAAGAAUUAAUCUCACCUUUUAAUCAGAUGACUCCACAUUUCAGAUUUGUAUUUAAAAACAGAGUCAGUUCUACAAAUAUAAUUCGAUGGUUGAUAUUCAUCCUUUCUCUCGUCUUUCUGUCAUUUUUAGCCAAUUGAUUGAUCCUUCGGGAUCGGUAGAGCAAAUGGAUUGGUCUUCGUUUAAACAUUUGACUCUCGUCAUAAGAGUGUCAAUGGCGCAAGUGAUCGUUAGGUGUGCGAAUGUUGUGUGUGUGUGUGAGUUCGGACAAUGUUAUACUAUUAUUUAUUACACUAAUAUCUAACUUUGGCACCAGUUUUACGAAUAUAAAAGACGCCAUUUUGAUGAUAUUUGUACACAUGUUACCAUCCAUUUUACUAUGUAUCAUGUGUGGUGAUCGACACUGGGAUGUUUGUUUCAUUUUCAUUCGUAACUAUACAGCUUGUAUCAGCGCCUUAGAAUAAUUCCAUUUACUAUAUUGGGCGUUGUGUUGUAUAUAAUUAUUGUGUAUUAUAGAUUGGUUGUUGAUUUUUUCUAAACGUCAUUUGAAGUGUGCAAAUGUUGAGGCAAAAUAAGCGAUAUUUGUAUAUAUACACAAAAAAAAAAAUACUCAUUCACCCCUGACAACACAUUUGAACUCUUCCAAUUCAAAGUUUGGAAUAGUUCAUUAUGAAGUUUCAGGGGUGAAUGAGUUAAACGGCAUGUGAUGAAACCAUUAUAUGUCCAUUUCAUGAUGAUGUCUUCAUCAACUCCUUAGGUAUGCCAAUAGCUGGACGUUUAAUAUAAAUAAAACUUAAACCUCACGAAAACAUUCCAAUGCGCUCGCUAUAUAUCGUGUUAUACUGACUUUAUAUACGACAAGGGCAAUAUCACUAGGUAAUUUUGAUUUCUCCUGCGUUUUCCAGCUUAGAGAGUUCGUCAGUAUUGGACUUUUAGCUUAGAGAUGUCGUCAUAACGGGGGUUAAAGCGAAGCCUGCUAUGUUCGUUUCUGAUAAACGAAUUUCAAAUUUAAUUAAGGACCACUGUCCAACUGCAAACUAAACGAUAGACAAUUCCCCUGAUUUGAUUUUUCUUACUUAGGGUAACUUUCUGAUUUGGAUAUAAGUGGGAUCAAGAAGCGCAGUUGGUUAGACGGACUGUAUUGUAAUCAGAGGUUCAGGGGUCGAAUCCCGGCCUGACUUUUUUUGCAAACUCGAACUCUGUUGAUGAUAUUUUUCCAUCUUUUAAAAAAAAUAAAGUUUCGCAAGUCAUGUAUUCUUUUCAGAAAUGACUUCUCAAAGCUAUAGUCAUUCCAAAAAACAGUCCAUUUCCAUAGCUGCAGGUCUUUGCAGUGGUACAGUAGAGUUCGUCCUAAUGGGACGUCAGUUUUAGAGGGUUCGCCAUAACGAGAUUUCAUCAUAAUGGGACAUACACAGUCUUGCUUCUGGGCAAACCCAAUCCAUUGCAAUUAUCCCAACGAAUCGACUGUAUGACUUGUUUCGAAAUAUGUUUUUUUUAACAACGGUUUUUCUUUAAUCUGUCAUUCUGGUUUCUGAUUAACGAAUAUAAUUAUUUGGUGUGACUAUAUUAAGCGUCCAGCUAACAGCUUUUGUCAGAAUUAGCAUCGUGUGGUUCAUUGAGUGGCCGCUGUUUUAAUUUAGACAAGGGGCUAAAAUACAACACCAGAGCUGUCCUACGGCUACAGACAAUAUUAGUAUUCGUCCCCAGAACCUUACAUUUAUCGAGAUGUUAUGGGGACACCAUUCAACAUUGUCUACAGUCUUUAAGGCCGCUUGGGCAUUUCAUAAAGAAUAUAUGAUUUACUACUCAAGUUGUCAAACAUAGUUUACGCAAAAACAUAAAUGGCGAUCUUCCAUUUCUUUUUUCCUCCUUUUCUUCUAUGUUGAUUAUGGUAUAUAAGAUAAUCUGACCCUUGCCAUGGUGAUUGGAGAUCAGUAGGAAGGGUCUGUUGUCGUUAAUCCUCCAUUGAGAACCGUCAUGGCGAGUAUUCCUUUCUUGUACGUAUUAGAGAUCUUAGUCCAUGAUACAGCAGAACCUGUUCAGUCAGGUUUACCUGUUAACAUUGUGAAUAUACCCUCUUUGUCCGGAUGCUGUCGUUUUGUUUUGUGAACACAAUUGUUUAUGUACAGAACGUUCCGUCUCUUAUGUUUGCUUGUCUUCAUAGUGGGACUUCGUUCGUCAAAUCACUUUUUUAGUCGCAGUGGUCAAGUGGUGCAGUGGAUAAGCACUCGCCUUUCAUCAAGUCGGCCUGGAUUCGAUUUCCCAGUCGGAAACAGGUAUGGGGACAGCUGCCCGACCACGUGGGGUUUUCCUCGGCUACUCCGGUGCUCUCCCACAUGAAGCCCCCGACCCCUUCCUUUGUGAAUGACCCCAAGAAGCAAUGCUAUGUACAAUCAAGGAAUACACGCUAAACUGGCAACGGAAUUGUUUUAUUUUUUUUUGUUAGUCUUCACAAUAAAUAUAUUUCUUCUAAUUGUGAUAUUUUAUGAAUUUCAUUAUGAAUGUGAGAAUACAUUACGUGUCGGUAAUUGGUAGGUCUCAGGAUUGUAACCCGUGGUUUGUUAGAUACGGAGCGCUAGUAAUGCUCUACAGCUUACCGGUCUAACUGUUUCAUUGAAAUUAAUAUUUUAAAUGUUAAACCAUAAAAAUGAAUAAGGAACUCCAUGUAUAUAAAAUAGACUGCCAAAUGAUAAGAAUUAAAAAAAAUAAGUUGUUUUUUAUAGAUUAAAGCUAUCUUGUAAGUUGUUUAAACACACAGUGUACAUACAUUUUCGGGUUUGGGAGGAAUUUAAGAUUUGUUUUAGGAAUAAUUUUAAUGGUACUUGUUUGAUAUUUUUAUGUGAAAGAUACAAUUAAUUGAAAUUUGCUCACUUCCGGUUUUAACAGGAAGCGCGCAUCGGUGAUGUUGGCCUCGUUAUCGGUUAAUACUCGGAACCACUUGAUUUAUUGUCGCUAACACAUCUCAAUUAUAUGCAAUCUCUGUUCCUAUAUUUGCGUGUCAUUUGCACCUAAAUUAAUUGUUUGUAAGGCAUUUUCAUUAAAAUCAAAAUAAUGGACAAG